AUGUACUUUUCCAGGACCGCUUUUAUUCUCUCCGUUGCUGCCAUAGGUCUCUCGAACCCCAUGCUCAAGCGGGUCUCUGUGCUCCUGAGACCUCAGAGAUACGCAGAAUUCCAGAUAUCCGACGGCGUGGCUGGACAAGCCCUUGCGGAGGUCGCGCAGAAAUUUCCUGUCGACACCAUUCUCCGGGACCCAGCUUCCGUGACGCCAGACGACCUAGCCAUUCUCAAAGCUGCUCGUCAGACUGCCGAAAACGCCGAAACCGAAACGGGGGGAUUUAACGACGCCAUCGCAAAAGCAAACGCUACGCAACCAGGUUCGGCCGUAGUUCGGGCUCUGCAACUCGGCAAGAACAAGAACAAGAUCCUCAAACUGCAGCUGCUUCUUUUGACGAGAACGAUUGAAGUCUCUCAGGGGCACGGUAAUCAGACGGCACUGACGGAGACCUCGAGGAAACUGAACCACAACGUUGCGCUUGAUGAGGCGGCUGCAGGUCAGCCGAGUAAGGGUGUUGACUUUAAGGGAGAUUCUUUGCCGCCUGAGACGGAGGCGCCAGUACCCUCACCGCAGCCUGUUGCUGUUUGUCCGGCUAUUGAGUGA